CUCUGGUAUGCAAAUCAGUGCAUUCCUUGAAAAGCAGAAAAAAACCCCGUAAAGCUUGGGAACUCUGUAGAUGUUUAUCCUUAUAAGUAGUAUCAAAUUCUACUUCUUGUUUUAGACAAGGACUUCCAAAACAUGCCUUGCGGCAUCAUCCGCUGCCAGAACCAGGAGCGGAGGUGUGCCCAGCCACACCCACGGCUGAAAACUACGGCGAGAUCUCAAGGGAGUCUGAAAUCUGGAAGGAAUCGGAUUACCCUUCUGUUACUCCAGCUGAUCACGGGAGUUCAUGGUCUGCUAGUCAGAGUUACGCCGACACCUCCACCGAAGACAGCUCAGUCUUCUCUUGGGGCUAUGAUGAAUUUGAUAAAGCUGCCACACAACAAGUUCAGCAAAUGUUCAGGCAAAUUGAUGAGCUUCUCUAUGAGCAGAAAGAAAAUGUGCAUGUUGAGGGACUGCGGGAAGAAUGCCACCAGUGGACAUCCAACUUUCCUCAUCUCAGGGUUGUGGGGAAGCAGAUAGUGAUCCCCACAGAUGAAGGGUAUGGAUGGUAUUCAAGUUCACCUUCUGGCAGUUUAGGUUCCUCAGAUGUAAGUUCACCACAAGAAAAAGAUUCUAAUGAAUUCAGUGUACUCGGCAAGAAGGUACCUCUUUCUGUUACUCCCGUUCACAAAAAGGCUGACCGUUCCAAGUCUCCGACCUUGUGUUCUCCAGAGAGCGAAGAAGGUGAAGACGGAGUAAUUGUCUCUGAAGGCGUAAUGGAGGAAUAUUUAGCAUUUGACCGCAGAGAUGUGGAGGAGGAGUUGCAUGAGAGGAAAAUGGGACUGUCCUCUGGUAGACGGAAAUUGGGGUUUCCUCCUAUCUCUCCAUAUUCCUGCAUGAAGGAUUCUGUGCUCGCAUUUGUGUUUGAUGAUGUGUGGAGUGAAGUCCUAGGCUGCAUGGAAGAAUUAAUAUGCAGACACUGGGAAGGGUCAGCCUCUG